CGCUUCAAAACGUUUCCGUUUAUAGAGUCUAGCGGCAGUCUGUGUUUGGUUAAGUUGAUUUGAGUGUGUGUUAAUAAACAGUUAGUAUUUGGCCAUGUUCUCUCUACGUUUGGUUGUCCUUUUGGCAACCUGCCUAAUAGCAGCGACAUAUGCCACCGAGCUGGAGGAUUAUAGGCUAAAGGAUCACAUCAAUCCUGUGCAUUAUAACAUCUCACUGCGACCCUAUCUGUUGGAUAGUGAUGCCACCAAGCAGUUUACAUUCGAUGGAGAAGUUUGGAUUGAAGUUGUACCCACAGUGGCCACUUCGGAAGUCCAUUUGCAUUCGAAAAAUUUAACAUAUUCUCUUGUGGAAUAUUGGGCGAAGCCAGCGGAUGGUUCGACAGUUGCACCCACUAAAGUUAGCUUUAAUCCAGCGAAUACAACAAAUGAUGAUACAAGCAUUGUGAUUCUAACCACAACCGUUCAGUUGACCGCCAAUCAGGCAUACAUUUUACAUUUUGUCUACACCGGUCUAAUGGAGGACGAUAUGCAUGGAUUCUAUCGCAGUUCCUAUGUGAAUGAUAACAAUGAGACGAAAUGGAUCGGUUCCACACAAUUUCAGACAAAUCAUGCUCGUCGUGCUUUUCCCAGCUUUGAUGAGCCGCAAUUUAAGGCAACCUUCAAUGUGACACUGAAACGUCAUUACACUUAUAAUACGGCUAGUAACACUAGAUUGAUUGGUUCCUAUCCCGAUACAGAGGAUGGCUACUACUUGGAUGUGUACGCUACCACACCACAUAUGUCAACCUAUUUGUUGGCCUUCCUUGUUUCGGAGUUUAGUUCUCGUCAUGACAGCAACUUUAGUGUCCUGUCGCGUCCAGAAUACUAUGCCCAGACACAAUAUAGUUUUAAUGUGGGUCGUGAAAUUUUGGCUGAAAUUGGUAAAUUCUUGAACUGGAACUAUUAUGAGCUUGGUAACAAAAAGAUGGCCAUGGCUGCCAUACCCGAUUUCUCUGCCGGAGCCAUGGAGAACUGGGGCCUUCUUACCUAUAGAGAACGCAGCCUUCUGGUAGACAAUGAUGUUACAACAUUAUCCUCUAUUCAGGCUAUUGCAGCAGUUGUGGCACACGAACAGGCUCACAUGUGGUUUGGUGAUUUGGUAACCUGCAAAUGGUGGAGUUACACCUGGCUUAAUGAGGGUUUCGCUCGGUACUUCCAAUACUUUGGUACUGCUUUUGUUGAAGAUCAAUGGGAAUUGGAAAAACAGUUUGUGGUAGAUCAAAUUCAAUCUGUGAUGGCCAUGGAUUCGACAAACGCCACUAACCCAAUGACUGAUAAUAAUACAUAUACGCCAGCCCAUCUUAGCCGCAUGUUCAAUAGCAUUUCAUAUAAUAAGGGAGCAACAUUCAUUCGCAUGAUCGAACACACAAUGGGUACAGAAUCUUUCCAAAAAUCUUUGCAAGAGUAUCUCCAAAAAUACCAUCAUCAAUCAUCCAUACCAGAAUAUUUGCUACAGGCAUGGCAGACCAAUUGGGCAACGUCGAGAUUCAAUCUCAGUUCGGAAAACAUUUUCACUAGCUUUACCACACAGGUGGGCUAUCCGUUGAUCAAUGCCGAAUUGGCUUCUGAUGGUCGGAGUGUAUCUUUCACGCAAAAACGUUUCCUGCUCAAGGAAAAUGAUGGUGCCAAUGCCAGUCUUGUAUACACAGUUCCUAUUAGCUAUGCCACGAACUUGGACAAUAAUUUCUUGAAUACCACGCCGAAGUUCAUCUUAAAUCCUGGCGUUGCACACAGUGAAACAUUCACUUCUGCCUUGACUUGGUUUAUUGCCAACGUUCAGCAGACUAGUUACUAUCGUGUCAACUAUACAGAAGCCAACUGGCAUGCAAUACAUCAUGCACUAACUGCUGCCAACUGGAGCGGUAUUCAUGAAAUUAAUCGUGCUCAGAUAGUCGACGAUCUGCUUAACCUGGCACGUGCUGGACAAAUAACCUAUAACCUAACUCUGGACGUACUCGAAUAUCUGGAGACAGAGACAAACUACAUUCCCUGGACAUCGGCAUUCAAUGGUUUCAGUUUCUUGUCCAUUCGUCUGGGCACAGAUAUUGCCAACUUUAACAACUAUAUUCAACAGUUGACUUACAAGGCCUACAGUCAGUUGGGCUUCAAUGAAUCCUCAACGGAUAGUGCUCUGAAUAUUUAUCUACGCACCAAGGUGCUAGCCUGGAAUUGCCGUUACGGUAAUUCUGAUUGUGUGAGUCAAGCCAAGAGCUACUUUAACUCCCUGUCAACUGUCCCCAAGAACUUACGUUCUGUCGUCUACUGUGUGGGUUUGCGUGAGGGUGGCAGUGCUGAAUUUGAAGCAUUGUAUCAAAAAUUCAAGACCGCAACUGUGGCUACCGAGGAAACAUUACUGCAGACAUCUUUCGGUUGUGUGAAAAACCAAACAUUGAUCGAGCGAGUUUUUAACUUGGUGCUUUCUUCUGAGAUCCGUAGUCAAGACAAAUCCGCAGUGUUGAGCACACUCUACACAGAGAAUAAUGAGAAUGUCGACCCAGUUUUUGCACUGGUCACCAGCAAAUAUGAAGAGCUAGCAGAAGCAAUGGGUGGCUACUCAGCAGUGGCUACUGUAAUCUCUAAUAUUGCUGCACGUUUCACUGAGCAAACCCAAUACGAGGAUCUCCAGAAAUUCAAUACCGCAAAUGCAAGUAAAUUCGGUUCAUCUAACUCCACUUUAUAUGCCGCUGAAGCUACAGCUCUCGAGAACCUAGAAUGGGCCGAAAACAAAUUGGGUGUCUUCCGUGCAUAUCUAUCUCAGCGUAACGGCAGUGCCAUGACAAGUGCCUUCAGUGCCCUUACCCUAGUUUUCGUGACAUUGACCGCCUUGUUGCUGCGCUAGACACAAGAGCCGCGAGCUGAGUGCCAAGAGCACUUGACCACCUAAUAAAAGUAUUUGUACUCCUAUCGCGAACAAUGGUCCGCAAUUAAUAAAACGUGACAAAUUUUUUCGAUAA